CUGACCAACGUUGAUUCGGUUUUGAUACGUUUCCAUGUUGGAAUGAUUGGAUACUCUGGUCCUGGACGAACGCAUGUACUGUUCGAUUUAGAUAAACAUUCCAAUAAAGAUGAUUUAAUAGAAGAAAUGUUUAAGAUGGUGGCUACUGGGGGUACUACCAGAACUGGUGAAGCAAUCACCUUUGCAACCAAAGAACUUUUGAAAAAUAAAUCCAAUGGAACGCGCUCUAAUGCCAAAAAAGUUUUAGUUGUAUUCACUGAUGGAUACUCUCAGGAUGACCCUAUGGCAGCGGCCUCUAAUGCCAGACAUCAGGGUAUCCGUACGAUUGUUGUCGCAAUGGAAGAUCACAUAGCUCCCAAUCAUUCAGAGCUACUUCAUAUAGCGGGACAGAAAGAGUAUAUCCUGUUGUCACCGAAAGGUUCUCAGCUUCGGGAGCGUAUUCUUGGAAACUCUUGCACAUUAACGGCCAUUUAG